AGGUGGGCUGCGAGCUUCAGCGUGCGCGUGGGCCUGGCGCCUCCCCUCAGCCCUGCGGCCAUGGCGGCAGUGCUCGGCGGCGUGCUCGACACCGUGCGCGGCGCCCUCGGCAUGGCGCCUGCCUCGUACCAUGUGGUCGAGGGCCCGCAGGGCAAGCAGUUCGUCUGGGACCACGGGCGCCUCGGCAACGCGGUGGACUCGGAGUUCGUCCCCGAAGGGGAGCGGAACGGGGACGAGCUCGAGGCCCUGGCGGUGCCGCCCAUGGAGCUCACCGCCACGGUCCCCGACAAGCACGAGGAGGGCGAGAAGGUGACAAUCGCGGGGCCUCACGGCCCCAUGGAGGUGGUGCCGCCCAAGGGCGCGAAGCCGGGCUCGCAGUUCACCUUCCGCCUCACCCCGAUGUACGAGUUCCGUGUCGAGGUGCCCCCAGGGGCUAAGCCUGGUCUUCAGAUCGAGUGCACGCGCAGGGACGGCGUCAGGAUCGCGAUCGGAGUGCCCCCGAACCUGAAGCCAGGAGACUUCUUCGAGGUGCUCCCACCCGCCAUCAUCGUGAGGGUCCCCGACGACGCCAAGGACGGCUGGGGACCUCCUCGUCUUCCGCCCCGUCGUCGCCCCGGGCGAGAAGCUGCCCCCCAAUGUCGCGCGCCACUGGAUCCGCACCCGGGUGCCCGAGGGCGUGGAGCCGAAGCAGUAUUUCCCGGCUCGCCUGCCGCUGCCGGUCGCCGGGCCCGAGGGCGAGAAAGGAGCC